AUGCUCGCGCGGCCCCACGACCCACGCGCGUGCACCGCCUUGCUCUGCCUGCUACCCCGCCAUGCUCCCCGCAGCCUUGCCGAGCCCGCUGAUCUGCCUCCGUCGCCAUGGCCCUGCUCCGCCUGCUCGCGCCGCCCGGCUCCCCGCCGCCGUGUGGCCAUCCUUCGCCCGCCCCGCUCUCCGGCGUCUGGCCGCGUCGGCUGCGCCCACCGCGGCCUUGCCCUCCUGGCCUCGCGCGGCCCCGCUCCCGCGCCGUUGCGCCCUGCUGGUCCCGCCCCGCUCUCCCUCCCCGACUCCCUGUGCCUGCCCCGCCCAGCGGCCGUGGCCGGCCGGUGCGCCGCGCCGCCGAGCGCGCCCCAACCCCGGCACCCCGCCGGCCGUCGCCCCGCGCCUGUUCGCCGGUGCCCCGGCCCUCCUCGCCCCGGCGAUCUGGGGAACGCCCAGUCGGGCGCCGCAACGCCCCGUUAG